AUGUUUUCGCCUUUUGACACGUCGACGCAGAGCUCGACCCCAGCCGCCUCUAACCCGUUCGCGCAAAAGGCGAAUCCCUUUGCCCAGGAUGGCAGCGGCGCGUCUACUACAUUUGGGGCGAAACCCAAUGCUCCCAACCCAUUUGUUCAAACUACGACGAGUUCUAGCAACGUGAAUGGCGCGCCGAACCCCUUUGCUCCCCCGACAUUAGCGACAGCUGUCGACCACGGCAAACAGUCGUCAAAGCCACUAUGGGAGAAGCAAACAAAUGGACCACAGCCUUCUUUCGGUCAAUUUGUCGGAAAGUCGACAAGUUCCGCAAAAACCAACUCGCGCCUGUCAUCAACACCUGCGUCGGCUUUUUCGAGUGCACAAAAGGGAAUCGGGAUGCUACCCAGCUCCAAUGAUCCCCAUGCGAAAAAGAUUUACGAACAGCUGCGUGAGGAUAGCAUCGCACCGCCAGCAUGGCCUUCGCAGCCUGGUGAUCCCCAGCACAAGGCGCAAAUGGCUAAAUUCCGCGAACAAUAUGAGGACUACAGAAGCAAAGUCCGAGCUUCUCUCACCCGCGCCGGAUUGAUCGACGACCCUACGAAACGAAAGAAGCUCUCAGAUGCAAUUGACUUCAAAGGCAUCUGUGAAGAUAUGUGCCCGGAGUACGAAAAAAUCACAAGAAUCACAGAGCACGAUAUCCCCACGCCGGAGAAGGACCCGCAAACGACAUUUGCCAGCACGACACGGAUGGUAAAGAAGCUGGCACGAUCUGCUGCCGGCCAAGAAGCACCUCUACCGAUGGAUGUGUUGUCUGUACCGACUCUACGGAAAACACUCAAUUACCUCGUGGAUGACUUGUUGCGUAACGACGAAAAUCUGCCGACGGUACACGGUUAUCUCUGGGACCGAACACGAGCGAUUCGACGGGAUUUCAGCUUCUUCUCGGCCCUCAGCACCGAGGAGUUGAAAGUGCAAGCCUCUGUGCUGGAAGACAUUGCACGCUUCCACGUGACAGCUCUGCACUUACUUUCUGAAAGCGGCAAAGCUCCGGAAGACUUCGUGGAGCAGCAAGAACUGGAGCAGCUGGGCAAAGCCCUUCUGACGUUGCGUGACAUUUACGACGACUGCAACGCACAGGGUUCCCCUUGUGAAAAUGAGGCCGAAUUCCGUGCCUAUCAUCUGUUGUUCCGCGCCAACGAUCCCAAUAUUCUCGAGAACGUGCAACCGAGCCUAUGGGAGUUUGACAUCAUCAGGACGGCGGCUUCGCUGGUCGAGGCCCUUCAGAAUACGACAAAUUUCCACGGCCCGCUGCAAGACGGACCAUCCCUCGCUGCGGGUGGUGCUCACAACGUAUACUUUAGAAUUGUGAAAGACAAAUCAGUGUCAUACACCAUGGCCUGUUUUGCUGAAUGCCAUUUCCCGCAGCUCCGUCGCUCUAUCCUACAAUGCUUGCAGAAAGGUCUAUCGCGACCAAGAGAAGCGUCACGCGAUGUAACAGCAGCCGCCUUGAACAAACAUCUACAAUUCGACACGGUACAGCAAGCUAUCGAUUUUGCUGAGCUCCACAAGAUUGAUUUUCAGCCCAGCCAGCAGAACCCGGCAGAUAAAAGCCUAAGCUGUGCCGUUCUUCACAACUUAUCGACUUUGCCGCACCACCGACUGCAACAUCAAUUUUCACAGUCUCUUGUUGAGGACAAGCGCGGCUCCCGAACUCUGCCCGAAGUGAUACACAAGACCGUUUUCCAAGAUGCUGCUACUUUUGGGCACAAGGAAGCUUCACUCGCCCAGGAAGGUAGUCUUUUUGUACAAGAUGAAUCUUCUAAGGCACCGUCGAGUAUGCCCCAUCCACCCCCGAGAAACCCCUUUGGUGGCUUUGGUCAAUCACCCACGAACGGGGCCACGACGAUCGACCCCUCGACAAAAGCAUCUGAUGCAGCUACUCAGGCCACGCCAAGCUUCUUUCCGCAAGGAGCAAAGCCUCAAGUAACUGCGCGACGUUCAGCACCGGACUUUCAAUUCGAGCAUGCUGAGACAACCACUCCUACACCAAGCCUCGGAGGCACCCAGCCCAGUAAUCCAUUUGCCAAAGCUUUGCCUUCUGUGACAGAGGUCGUGUCUAGUGCGGCGGCAGCGAAGGAGAACUUUACCUCUCAGACCGAUGACAAACAAACUGUUCCAGUGACGACAGACGACACCAGUGCAAAGAUCACUUCCGGCUCCAUUGGCGUCCAGCAGGUCGGGCCAGAGCUUUCGUCUGCGACCUCUUCUACAACGCCGCAGAAAGUAUUCUCUAACUUUGCUGGUUUCAAGCCGAUGUCGAAAGAGCCUGCGGCCGUGAUUUCUUCUACGCAACCGCAGAAUGCUUCAUCUGCUUUCUCCGGCUUCUCAUCGCAACCGCAACCGGUAAAACCAGUUGAAGCAGCAAAGAGUUCAACCCCACCAGGCUCGCCCGUCCAAGCGGGUACUCUGAGCACACAAUCUGCAUUCACAAAGCUGCCUAAACAGCCAGAAGCGACAGAACCACCGAGCAAGCCAAACUCAGUACUCCAUUCAUUCACACCCCCAUCAAAUCCUCCGGUAUUUCUAGGUAGCACAGUCCCGCCUAGGAUAGCACCUCCUGUUGCAAGCCCCCCUGUGCAGACGUCACCUCCUCCACAGCCCAAACGUGAUAGAUUAUUGGACUUUACCAGGUGGUUUGUGGAAGGUGACGAUGGACUAUUGACCGAUUUCCAGCAGCAUUUCUUGGAUGGACUAUUGGCGCCAAUCUUUCUGGACUGGCAGAAAAAAGAGGCGGAAAGGCGCAGACGCGAGGAGGAAUUGCGGAAUAAUGCCAUCGCAGAUGACUUUCGGCAGCGUUCCUUGUCCGUGAAGUACUUCUACCGGUGGAAGACUCAGGCAAGAGAAAAGCGACUCAAAUUUCUGCGACGCAGUGGGCGCGACCAGCUUAGGGAAUUUUACCGGGCUCAGCAAAAGGCUUCACGCAUGCCAGUGGCCACAACGAAGCGGAAACUCGAGAUUGCGCCCGUAUCUCAACCGAAUCGUGAGCAGGCCCUUAUGGAGGGCCUUCGCCGAAGCCAAACCAAAAAACGCCACAUCCCACCUACGGCCCCGUCCUCCACUGUGGAUGUUAUAAAAUCGAGGGACUCUGCCGCGGCCAUUGGGCGCCACUUCAACCUGCCCAUGUCCCAGAGCGGCACAUCUUCUCCAUCGCGGUCACGAUCAAGCUCCGUGUCGAAGGGUGGCUCCAAGACCAGAGCCUUGCGAGAAGAGCUCCUCGGUACGGGUACAGGACGUUUCCGCCGCUCGCUGCCCUCGAUUGCCUCUAGUGAAGAAUCGAGGUCAGAGAACACGCGAAGCAGCAAAGUCUCGGAGCGAUGGCGACUCAAAGCUAUGGGCAUCGUCCAGCUCCCUGACGGGACCGCCGUGCCGGAGAGCCUCAUGCACGAUCGCCGAUUUAAUACCUACGGCCGGCUGUCGCAGAGAGCUUCCUCGAUUACCAGUGUGCCUUCCCGACGGCCAUCGGUUAACGGUUUGUCGGCGCCGCCCCCGUUCUCAAGCACUAGACGCGACGCAACCCCGCCAGCCGUUUUUGAGGACACGGCCAGCAACAAGAGGAAGCGGGCGAGCGAGGAUAGCACAGGGUCGGUGGAGCCGGACGACGAUGGCCCGGUGUCAAACGGGCACAAGCGCGUCAUGAGCGACGCCAAGGAUCUGGUCAAGGAGUUGAGAAUGCUGCGAGAAGAAAUGGAGGAAGGCACGCUGUGGUUUAGAUCACAGAACGAGCGCCUACACACCGAAAUCUCGAGCAGAGAAGGAACUCCACUUGGUGACUACAUUUGA